AUGUCACUCACAUUGGUAGACCCCACCGGCGACAUUGUCAUCAUGUCCGGCGAUGACUCGUUUCAGGUCUCCUCCAAGAUUUUGUCUACAGCUUCCCCUGUAUUUUCCGUUAUGUUCAGCCCUCUCUUCAAAGAGGGCACCUUGAUUAUUGAUGAACCAAAGGAGCCAGCGGUCAUACACCUGGGUGACGACGAUGCCGAAGCACUCUUCGCUUUCUUUAACAUAGUGCAUUUCCGAACUGAUGAGAUCCCGGAGAAGCCGACUGCUAUAUUUCUGGAAAGAUUCGCCGUGUUAGCUGAUAAAUACAUGUGCAAGAAGGCAGUUGUCUCCCACGUCAAGGUCUGGUUGUUGAAAAAUCUACGAACCCUGUCUGUCACGGAGCUGUGUUCAUUUCUAUUGCUCGCGUAUAUUAUGGAUAUACCGGAGAGAUUCGCUAUAAUAUCAAAGGAAAUUCUCUUCAACCACGUGGGUUCCUAUUCUGACUUGCUCUUGUUGGCGGAUCACCCACUCAUGGACAGCAACAUCGUCGGUAGGCAAUCCAUUUUCCUGAGCGUCACAAAUAGCUUGAUACUGAGAACUGCUGCAGUCGAAUUUGAGAGAAAGAGACACGAACUUCAUCGUAUGGUUCGAAAGGCACUUACAGCCGCACUCGACAGCUCGACUGCACUGAAAACCGACGAAUCCAGGUACAUAUCGCUGUAUACGCAGAAGCUACAGGCUCGUGGAUUGCUUCCAGGCACCGAUGCCUUUGAAGCGAAGAGCUUUAAGCAAGUGCACUUGGACGUAUCAACGCUAUCUACGUUCCACGCCCAGCCUUGCAAGUUACAAGGUUGUGUAUGCAUGUCGAAUAAAGCAUUGGAGCAUGACAGGAAGACUGUGAGAUUCUUGAAUAACCUCAAAGACGCAAAGGUGGGAAUUUGCUUGGACUGCUUACGGUCAGAGGGGUCAUCCUUCCCGGAUUGCCGUUUUACUCACCCUUUCUCCGGGGAUGACAAGGCCAUUUUUACCACAUAA